AUGCGUGAUUUGAGGAAAGGUCAAUAUUUUGGGAAAGUCUCAGCUGGAAUGUAUACCAUUGAGUUUCAAAAGAGGGGACUUCCACAUGCCCAUAUACUUAUUUGGUUAGCGCAUGGUUCAAAGCUAACAACACCAGAGAAAAUUGAUUUAGUUAUAUGUGCAGAGUUACCUGAUCCAGUUGCUAGCCCGAAACUAUUUGAAGUUGUUUCUAUGUUCAUGGUCCAUGGUCCAUGUGGUAGUAGUAGGAAAAAUUCUCCGUGCAUGGUAAAUGGUCGGUGUUCCAAAUUUUUUCCUAAGAAAUAUGUGGAAAAGACCUCAUUUGACAUUGAUGGUUAUCCGACAUAUCGAAGGAGGAACACUGGUGUUUUUGUUGAAAGACGUGAUGUUCAAUUAGAUAAUGGGUAUGUUGUUCCUUAUAAUGCAAAAUUGUUGAUGAAGUACCAAGCCCACAUUAACAUUGAAUAUUGUAACAAAUCGAAUUGCAUCAAAUACUUAUUUAAGUAUAUCAACAAAGGAGUUGAUCGGGUUACAGUUUCAAUGAAAAAUGAAUGUAAUGAAGGACAAAAUGUGCCGGAGGUUGAUGAGAUCCAACAAUAUUAUGAUUGUCGUUAUUUGUCUGCUUGUGAAGCUGCUUGGAGAUCAUUUUCAUUUCGUAUUCAUGAUCAUUGGCCUCCCGUUCAGCGAUUACCUUUUCAUAUGCCCAACAAACAAGUUGUAUUAUAUGGUAAUGAAGAACCAAUUGAUAGGGUCGUUCAAAGAGGUCAGAUGUCUGAAACAAUGUUUACUGGGUGGAUGGUUGCUAAUAUGAUAUAUGAACAUGGUAGGCAUUUGACAUAUGCUGAGUAUCCGCAGUUAUUUGUUUGGCAUCCUAAAGAUAAAGAGUGGCGACCACGCAAAAGAGGGUUUUCCAUUGGAAGAAUGAAUUUUAUACCUUUGGGGUGUGGGGAGGUAUAUUAUUUGCGUUUAUUGUUAAAUCUACAAUGUGGAUGCACAAGUUAUGCCGAUUUGAGAACUGUUGAUGGUGUUGUUCGAGUGAGCUUUCAGGAAGCAUGUUCUGCCUUGGGAUUAUUAGAGGAUGAUAAAGAAUUUAUUGAUGGAUUAAUUGAUUGUGCUGAAUUGUCAGGUGGUAUGUCUGUUAGAAAGUUGUUUAUGGUGUUGCUAUUAUCUAAUUCAAUUGUCACACCAGGAAAAGUUUUUGAGGAAACUUGGAGGUUGUUAGCCGAUGGAAUUCUUUAUAAGCGAAGGAAAUUACUUUGCAAUCCAGGUCCUCCUUGCUAA